UAGUGAGUACGCCAGCUUAGUUUUAACGAAACAGUCGCUUAGAGCACAUCGCAUGAAUUACAAUGCUCCGCUACAUAUUGUUCCUGUUACUACAUUAUUUAUUAUGGUUUCCCACUAAGAACGUUUGCAGUGAAGCGCUAGAUUCAAGCACGAUUUAUGACUAUAAUUGUGAUGUGCAAAUAGAUGUCGUUAAAACGUUCAUUCAGAAAUUGGAAGCUGUGCAAAAGCAAAUAUCUGUCAUUGAUACCAAACUGCAAUCGGUUGAGGAACAGCAAAGUGUUCGAAAGUCUGUGUCUUCAAGCUGUUUGGAAGCAGCAGCUGAGAGCUUCAAAAGUGGUGUUUACAAUAUAACAUUGGAGAAGUUUAGUGGCACACCGUUUGCCGUAUACUGUAACGAAGAGGUGGACUAUGGUGGUUGGUUGGUUAUACAACGACGUGUCAGUGAUGCUGUGGACUUUAAUAGAGAUUGGCGGGAGUAUAAGAACGGUUUCGGGGUGCUGGAUGAAAAUUAUUGGAUUGGUUUGGAAAAACUACAUGCCCUCACCAGUAGUUGUCAGCAUGAGCUCUAUAUUGAAUUGCAGAGAUAUAGUGGUGAAAGUUAUUAUGCGCGCUACUCGGAAUUUGUAGUCGGCAGUGAAUCGGAGGGCUAUCCUCUUAAAAUAUUGGGUACUUACGCAGGCACUGCUAGCGAUAGCUUGAAAGAGCACGUGGGUAUGAAGUUCACCACUCGUGAUCAUGAUAAUGACAUAUAUUCCGAUGUUAAUUGUGCUGUUACUUUCAAAGGCGCUUGGUGGUUCAAAAAGUGUUACUAUAGUCAUCUUAAUGGACCAUAUGGACAAAGGAGAUACGGCGUCGAUUGGAACGACUUAGCUAAGGAGGAAUCUUUGAAAUCAGCACAAAUGAUGAUACGCCCCACAGAGAAAUGCCUAAGGCGCAUGUCACUGAAGUCCAAAUGAUUUCAUAAUUUUUUAAUUUUUAUUAUGUGUUAGUAAAUUUUUACAUUAUGGAAUCUUUAAUUAACACUCUCAUAAGAACAAAAUAAUGCUUUCAAUUUAAUAACAGUAUGAAAUUUCAAAGCGAGAAAAGGAUUUGUUUUUGUAAUUACUGAAUAUAACGUAGAGAUAG